AUGGCAGGGUCCCUCGACAAACGCCGUGAUUCGGACGACCUCAAAGAGCCCAGGGACGACUUCCUCACAGAAGACAUCGCGCAACUUAAUGCGGCGGGCGAAAUAUCUGAAAUUGCAGUCAAGGCCGAAGGAGAAGACAAGAUAACGUGGUUCGUCUGGAUUCUCGUCGCUUGCACCAGCAUCUCCGGCCUUCUCUUCGGUUAUGACACAGGUGUGAUUUCUGGCGCCCUGGUCACCAUCGGUUCUGAUCUCGGUCCCUCCGAGCUCUCAUCGGGACAGAAGGAAUUUAUCACUUCAGCGACGACCCUCGGAGCGCUGAUUGGCGGCCUAGUCGCAGGCAUGCUCUCGGAUUUCGUCGGACGGAAGCCCGUGCUCGCCAUCUCGGACGUCAUCUUCAUUGGCGGCGCCGUAGGGCAGGCCGUCUGCCAUGCCGUCUGGCCCAUGAUCGGGUGCCGUUUCCUCGUCGGCAUCGGCGUCGGCCUCGCGUCGUGCGUCGCGCCGCUGUACAUCCAAGAGCUCUCCCCAACACGCCUGCGCGGCCGCAUGGUCGUCCUAAACGUCGUCAUGAUCACCGGCGGACAAGUCAUCGCGUAUGGUAUCGGCGCCGCGUUCGAGAACAUGCACGGAGGGUGGCGGUGGAUGGUCGGACUGGGUGCCGUGCCCGCAGGGAUCCAGUUUUUUAUACUGUUCUUCCUCCCCGAGUCGCCCCGUAUCCUCAUGCGCCUUGGCAAAAUGGACGCUGCAAGGGCUGUCAUGUCGAGGAUAUAUGCGCAUGCCACCCCGCAGCAGGUCUCACUCAAGGUCACAGCACUGCACUCCGCCGUCCGGAGAAGCAUCGAGAUUACCAAUUCGACGACACUCAUCCAGCGCGUGGGCAUGACCUUCUUGAAUCCGGUGAACCGCCGCGCUGUCAUCGUUAGCUGUGGCAUGCAGGCCUUCCAGCAGCUCUCCGGCUUCAACACGCUCAUGUACUAUAGCGCGACGCUCUUCAAAGAGAUCGGCUUCAACCAGCCGACAGCGGUUGGCCUCAUCGUGUCUGGCACGAACUUUAUCUUCACGCUGUUCGCGCUCAAGUACAUCGACAUCAUUGGCCGGCGCAAGAUCAUGCUUUUCUCCGCCCCUGGCAUGGUCAUCGGCCUGGUCCUGGCGAGCAUCUCUUUCCACUACCUGACGCGCCACACCGGCGGUGCCCUCGUCGACGGCGCGCACUACUCGACGGCGUGGUCCGCGAUCGUGCUCGUGUCGAUGAUCUUCUACGUUGCCUCGUACGCGACGGGGCUCGGCAACGUGCCGUGGCAGCAGGGCGAGCUCUUCGCGCUCGAGGUGCGCGGCAUCGGCACCUCGCUCGCGACGUUCUGCAACUGGGCCGGCAAUCUGCUCAUCGGCUCGACGUACCUCUCGCUCAUGGACCGCAUCACGCCCGCGGGCGCGUUCGGCUUCUACGCUGGCCUCUGCCUCCUUGGCUGCGCCUUCGUCGCCGCGUGCUUCCCCGAGACCGCCGGGCUCAGCCUCGAGGAGGUCCAGAUGGUCUUCCGCACCGGCUUCGGCGUGCGCGAGGGCGAGCGCCUGCGCAGGGAGAAGCGUACCGUGCUCCAGAAGACGCAGGAGGGCGAGAGCGAGAAGGCAUGA